GUGAGCUAGAAGAGCGCUUCUCCCCCGGGGUCUCGCACUUUAACAGAUGGAAGCUGUAAGCCGGUUAUUUCGGAAGGACUGUUCGGAUGCGGCUGCCUAGAAGGACCCGAGUGCGUUAGAACCACUCAAAUUAAAAAGGUCUCUGUGUAGGACAGAGCGGUACCGGGAGAAGGGAUGGACAACCAAAAAUCCAACUGCGAGGAGAAUGAUUCCGAAUCGGCAGCUGACGGCAGCACGCCUCCAGAGAAGCCAGCCCCCCCUGAUGGAGACCCAGAGCCCCCAGAAAGAACCACAGAGGCUUCGAGUGCCACUGCGGAUGUCGGCCGGGCCUGUGCACUUUGUAACUGUGAUGGGCGGAGCUCGCAUGGCCAGCGGGAGCUCCGGCGCUGUGGGCCCUCUCUCCUCUGGUCCCCGCUCGAGAGCCCCGCUGUUACGCCCCUGCCGGUUGGCGAUGAUGAUCUGUCCUCCAUCGGUUUCCCUGACCUCAUCAGUACCACUUCAUUGUUUGAUGAAAAUGGGCACUGCUGGGUGCACUACUGCUGUGCCGUCUGGUCGGAGGAGGUGAAGGUGACAGGCGAUCAGCAGCUGGAGGGCGUGGAUAGAGCAGUCAUCUCAGGGAUACAGCAGCGAUGUGAAUACUGUAAAAGGCUGGGUGCUACCAUAAGGUGCAGGGCAGAAGGUUGCUCACGUUCCUACCACUUCCCCUGCUCGGCGGCCAGCGGCUCUUUCCAGUCCAUGAAGCUGCUGGCUCUCCUUUGUCCGGAGCACAUAGACAAGACGGCCGAAUUGGUGGGUGAGGAGUCGCGCUGCGCCGUUUGCGACUCUGCGGGGGAGCUGCCCAGCCUGCUCUUCUGCACGGGCUGCGGGCUGCACUACCACGCUGGCUGCCUGGAGAUCAGUGCCACCCCGCUGCAGCGUUCGGGUUGGCAGUGCCCUGAGUGCAAGGUGUGCCAGACCUGCAGGCAGCCCGGGGAGGACUCCAUGAUGCUGGUCUGUGACGCCUGUGAUAAGGGCUACCACACCUUCUGCCUGCAGCCCGCCAUGGAGUCUCUUCCCUCAGACCCUUGGAAGUGCCGGAGGUGUCGGGUUUGCAGCGGCUGCGGCUCCCGGGGCUCCACCCUGUCCGGAUCGGUGCAGUGGUUCGAAAAGUACAGCGUGUGCGGUGGCUGUCAUGUGCGCCGCAGCUUGGCCUGCUGUGUUUGCGACCAGGGCCCCGAGUCCCCGACCGCCCUGCACUCCUGCCAGGCCUGCGGCAGGUCGGUACACAUGCGCUGUGCGUCCCAGCCGGACUCUGUGGGGGGGGCGUACACGUGCCACCGCUGCCGGCAGCUGGAACCUGUGGUGGAGGCCAGUGCAGCUUGCGCUCCGCUUGAAGGAGAGUCCGAGGCCGCGAUGCCAGCUGAGCCCGUGGAUCCAGGCCUGGAGAACACCGCUGAGGAGGAGCAGCGUGUGGAGCAGCGUGAGGAACAGCUUUCAGCAGAGGAGCCUGAGCAUGAGGUGGCAGUGAGCCCCACGGAGCAGCCGUCUGUCUCACCUGAGCCUCCAGUGGAGUUCAGUGGUGAAGAGGUUGGGCACUUGGAGGCCGGGCCUUGUCCUGUCCCUGUGGCUGGUGAAGGAGAUGUGGCAUCUCAGAGUGAGCUACCCAGUGACUCUCCACCUCCUGCCCUGAGUUCUGCAGCAGAGGUCCAGGCUGAGCCAGGAGCUGAGGGCUUGGUAGAAGAAGGAUCUAAGCAACAGGAGGAAACGGAGAACAUCACUAUGGAACAGCUGUCAGUUGAGGAAAGAGAUACAGGUGUCACUGAGGGUUUGACUCCAAAUGAGCCUCCUGCUGGGGAAUCCCCUCACCCCCAAACCCCUCCUAUGGAGCUGGAACACCUUCCAAUGGAAGGGGUCGAGUCUGAGCCUCACGCUGUACCUGAGGCAGAACCAAGGACUAGCCCUCUGUCUUUUGUGGAUGAGGUCCCUCCAUCUGACGCGGUUCCUGAAAAUACCCUAUCGGAAGAGGCAAUGGAGGAGUGUGCGGGGCCCACAGAGGAGGCGCAUUGUGAGGUGAAAAUUGAGCCGGAGUCCCAGGAAAUGGAAUCCAAGCAGGAACUCCUCCUGGAUGAGAUGUCCAACCUGAGCCAUGGAGAUGGCAGCAGCAGUGGAUUUCUGGGCUCCCCUGGAGAGCCUGAUUGCCAGUCUCUGUCCACGGAGCUCGGUCUGGGGCAGACGGCAAGGUCCAAGUCAGACUCCUUGCUUACGGAGACGGAUGAUUCGCUGCCCUUUGAUCCCCUGAAUUCCGAUGGGGACAAAGUCAAACGGAGAGGCUCUCCUGGCCGCUCUCGUGUCAAGCAGGGCCGUGGCAGCAGUUUCCCAGGGAAACGGCGGCCGCGGGGCAGUGGGAGCGGCCGGGGUCGAGGUCGCUCGCGGCUGAAGGCCAUGGCCUCCUGCAUUGAGGCCUUCCUGCAAAGCAUGGACACAGACGCUGGCCUGGGUAAAGAUGAAGAGGAGGAAGAGGAUGACACUAUGCAGAACACCGUGGUGCUCUUCUCCAACACGGACAAAUUUGUCCUGCAGCAGGACAUGUGCGUGGUUUGUGGCAGUUUUGGACGUGGAAUCGAGGGGCAGCUUCUGGCCUGUGCCCAGUGCGCCCAGUGCUACCAUCCCUACUGCGUUAACAGCAAGAUCUCCAAGAUGAUGCUGAGCAAAGGUUGGCGUUGCCUGGAGUGCAUCGUGUGCGAGGUGUGCGGCAAGGCCUCGGACCCUGCCCGGCUGCUGCUGUGCGACGACUGUGAUGUCAGCUACCACACUUACUGCUUGGACCCCCCGCUGCACACUGUGCCCAAGGGAGGCUGGAAGUGCAAAUGGUGCGUGUGCUGUAUGCAGUGCGGAGCUAGCUCUCCUGGCUUCCACUGUGAGUGGCAGAACAACUACACGCACUGCGGCCCCUGUGCCAGCCUCGUUUCCUGCCCCGUGUGCCGCGAGAACUUCAUGGAGGAGGAGUUGCUCAUGCAGUGCCAGCACUGCGACCGGUGGAUGCAUGCUGUGUGCGAAGGCCUCUACACCGAGGACGAGGCAGAGCAGGCAUCUGACGAGGGAUUCGUGUGCACUGCCUGCUCCCCCUACGUCCCUAAACCCCCAGUCUUGGAGCCACCCCUGGUGACACCAGUGAAAGUGAAGGAAGCAGAGCCGCAGUUCUAUCGCCUGGAGGGCGUUUGGCUGACUGAGACGGGCAUGUCCAUGCUGCGCGGCAUCGCUCUGUCGCCAGUGACCAAGCGGCGGCAGCGGCGCUCCCGCACUCUGGACGGGCUGGAGCUGAAGGACGGCGAGGGGGAUGCGGAGAAGGGGGAGGGUUGUGGGGAUCCCAUGGAAAGUGAGUCCAAAGCGGCGGCCCCUGGGAGCCCCGACCGGGAGCCUGGGCCUGAGGGGGCAGCAGAAGGAGAGGGAGUGAAGGGGGGAGCGGAAGAGACUGACGACGGGAAGAAGAGGAAGAGGAAGCCCUACAGGCCAGGGAUUGGUGGGUUUAUGGUGCGACAGAGGAAGUCUAACCCCCGAGCGAAAAAGGGGCCAGCAGUGCCCCCUGCUGGAGAGUUGGAUGGAUUGAACGCAGACAAGGCUACUGAUGAAGACAAGUUAACUGCAGGAGCUCAUCCGGAUACAGCUGCGAUCGCCCCCGACCUUAAGGUGCCCGAGGUAGAAGGGGAGCAGGCCAAGAAGCGCAGGGGCCGGAAGAAGAGUAAGCUGGAGGACGCCUUUCCGGUGUACCUGCAGGAGGCUUUUUUUGGCAAGACCCUCCUGGAUCUUAGCAAGAAAGCACUGCUGCCCCCUGCUGGACAGAGGCAGGCUCAUGGUCCCCUCCAGCCUCCACCCACUACAGCAAUGGCAGCGGCUGAAUCAGCUGAGGCAAAGGAAGGUGUGACAGCGAAGCUAAAGCAACCGGCUGUUCCAGCGUCGGAGGCUGAAGGAAAUACAGACGCUGAUGCUGGCCCCGCUGGACCGCUGUCUCCCAAGGACCAGACGUCGCGUGUCGCACAGAGCUGUGAGGGUGGCGACAGUCUCAGUUCAGAGCAGUUCUUCCGGAAGGUGCUUGGAGUUCAAGACGGGGCUGUCCUGGGUGAUGGUCAGCAGGGGAGUGUGGGAGCCGUGGUGGAGCCGGGUCCGGGUGAGCCCAGCCGAAGUCUUCCUCCAGGAGGCUCUUUGUCUAGCUCCCUGCCUUCUGCUGGCAUGAUGGACUCCUUCCCCGGGCUCUCCCAGUCUCCAUUUUUGGACAGCCGGGAUCGGCCGGGUUUCUUCAGCCCUGACCAUGGAGAGGAGAGUACCUGGGUGACACCAUCCACCCCAGCCUUGCCCUCCACGCCCUCCACGCCCCCCACACCCACAGAGCCGGAGGGUGACGGCCUGUCUUACAGCCAGCGCAGCCUGCAGCGCUGGGAGAAGGACGAGGAGCUGGGGGAGUUGUCCACCAUCUCCCCGGUGCUCUACGCUAACCUCAACUUCCCCAGUCUCAAGCAGGAUUUCCCGGACUGGUCCAAUCGGUGCAAACAGAUAAUGAAGAUGUGGAGGAAGAUUUCCGCUGCAGAUAAGGUGCCCUUUCUGCAAAAGGCCAAAGACAACCGGGCUGCCCAACGAAUCAGCAAGGCACAGAAGCAGUCUGAGGUCCAGCUGUGCCGGUCUGUGAAGACGGAGCGUCCUGACCUGCACCUCCACAUCCCCCCUCCACUUUCGGGUUCCCUUUCCACUCCGUCGCAGCCCAGCUCUGCGGAGAGCCCCUUCUCCGUCAUGCCUGGCACCGGUACCCCAGUGGAUCCUUUCUCGUCGCUUACUCCCCAGUCUCCACACCCUCAGUCCUCUGGCAGUCCACUGCAGGCCCUUUCCUCAGGCAAACCCCUUUCAGGCCUGCAGCUCGCCCCCCAGGCUCAGCCGAGCUGCUCCGGCCCACAGGACACGCAGCCCAGCUCCUGCCGGUCUCCAGCAAGCCUGCCCCAGAGCCCUCAGCACAGAGUCCCUGGGGGCUCCCCUCUACUCUCUCCACCACACUCCUCCCCCUUUGGAGACCCUCCAUGUAGUCAGAAGGGGGGGGGACGUCAAGAGCACAGUACUGCCUCCCCUCUGUCUGCAGCUUCUCCAGCUGGGAUGGGACAGCAGAAGCUUGACCUGGUUGGUAUCCCCUCCAGUAGGGCUCCUCCUGCCGGCUGCGCAGACGUUAUCUCUGGCUCUGCUGCUGGCUUGCUGGAGUCAGGGGACAGACUGUUCAAGACUCCCAUGACACCUCGGGCCCAACAGGGCGACGCCACCAACCCCGCCGGCUGCCCCCUGCCUGGCGCCCCCCCCGGUCACCUUUCUGAAAGCUUCCGCCAGUCUCCCUCGGCCUCGUUUUCGGACAAACACGCUCAGCCUGCUCUCACCUCUCGACCUCAGUCAGGGGACGGCUGCUCUCCUCUGUCCCACAGGCCUCUGCUACCUCAGGCAGACCCCAGCUCCAGAGUGGCUGCCAGCCCCCAGUCACCCCUCAGCACAGGCACUCUUUCCAGUGAAGUGUUUCCUCCGCAGUCCCCUGUCCCCCCCUGCUUCCAGUCUCCUGAACCUUACUCGCGCCCUCCCUCGCGGCCCCAGUCCUGCGAUCCCUUUGCAUCUCUGCAAAAACCCCCCCGGCCAACCUCAGUUCCCCCACAAGGCAACCUGGGCUUUCCGGCCUCCACUCACCCCGGCCAGCUGCCCCCAGUGGCGCCCCCUUCCAUUGGGGAUCCUCUUUCAGGAAAGCCCCCUGGACCCCCUGCGGUGAACUGCAGUCCCGGCAUGGGCGUGUUUCCAGGGGCAACGACUCAGGUGCAUGUGGCUUUUGGAGAAUCCCGCCCCCCCCAAGCUCAGCCCCAGCCAGCCCAGCCUCAGGUGCUGAGUGCCGACAGCUUCCCCUCGCGAUUACACCUGCCAUCGGGGGCAUCCGAACCCUUUUCUAUGCGAGCCCAAGAGGUGCCUCGCCCCCCUGCAGUACCGGGCUCUCAGGAGCCGCAGGAGCUCCAUGUGAGUCAGGACCUGGUGACAGGCAGUCUGAGCCAGUCGGACCUGGAGAAGCACCGACAGAAACAGAGAUUGAGAGAGUUGUUAAUGCAGAGAAACUCCCUACGACAGGAGAAAGCAGCAGCUGCAGCCAAUAACAGCGCCACCCCCUGGCCAGGAGAGAACAUGCCACCCUACCAAGCAGAUAAGAGUCAACGAGCCCCCCCACCUUACCCCCAGGAUAGAGCUGCUCUUGUUGCUGCUUAUCCAGCUGCAGAGUUGGGUAAGAAGGCUGCUGUAAGCACAAUGGCUGAAAAGCUGGGUUGUCCCAUUCCUCCUGGGAUACCUGCAUUAACGGACGCUAUUGGCAUUAGACAAACAGGGCAGAACCCCCAUCCCCAGGGCUUUCACCUGCAUGGUCAGUUGCCCACGCAGUGGCCAGGACAGAGUGCGACUCCGCGGCGAUUUCUGCAGCCAGCUGGGGUGGAGGUGGCAGCAGCUGCGAGACACCACUCGUCUACCUCUGUUGGUGAUUCGCUUAACGUUCAGAGGAUGCCGGCAAUUCCCAGCCCCCUUGCCAUGACAACUGGCUCUCCUGCUCAGGCUGUACAGGGAGGCCCUGUGCCUGGAGCCCCUCCACAAUUCAUCGAGCUGAGACACAACAUGCAGAGGGGGCCUCCAGGAGCACAGUUUGUGCCGCGUGGUGUGCAGCCCCGGCCACGUUUGUUCAUACCUCAGCAGGGCGUGGGUGCCCCAUUUCCACAUGCUUCUUUAUCUGCUCCUCCAGCUCUGCCGUUGCCUGCUGCCGCCUCCCCUCAGGUGGAGGCAGUCAGAGAUCCUGGGCUGGGUUUGCAGCAAUGUACCACCAUACUGCCUCCGCAAGCCGCUUUGCAGUCACCUCAAACCCAGCAGCAGCAACUCAGCACCUCUACUCCAAACCUAAGUAUGUCCAGCAUGCACGUUCAGAAAUCUCCCCAGACUGGUACUGGACAAGACCGAAAGGCUUCCUCUGUAGACCCAAUGGCUAUAAGGCCCUGUCACCUAGACAUGCCAGAGGCUGAACUUGAUGACCCAUUUGAUGCCAAAGGGUUGGGGGGCACCGGAGGUGAUGAUGGCACUGAGGAUGUUGAUGACCUUGCCACACUUGACCUUGACCCUGAUAAGGCGGAUGAUGAUUUGGACAAUCUGGAAACCACUGACCCACACCUGGAUGACCUGCUGAAGUGUGAUGAGUUUGACUUGCUGGCCUACACUGACCCUGAGCUUGAUCAAGCAGAUCCCAAGGACACCUUUUCUGAGCAGCUGCGGCUGGUAGAGGCUGAAAGUGAAGUCCCUGGUGCCUCUUCCACUUCUGUUCCUCAUGUUAAGGUGGAAGACAAACCAAAGCUGGAUUUGACAGAGCAGAAAUCGUUCAAGUCAGCCACGUCAGUCACCGGCCCACAGCCCGUAUUGAGUUCCUCAAGCAUCCCUCAUCCUUCUACACAGAAUAGCCAAUCAUCAGAGGCCCAGAGCCUCCAGACACUUAAGUUGGAGGAGAGCAGCUUGAUGCCUGGCCUUGAGGAUGAAACCAGACCUAAGCCGAAGCAGCUGCCUUCUGGUGCCAUAAAGGAUGAGAUGGCAGAAUCUGUCUCCAUGAUAUUAGGAGGGUCACCAAACACUGCCAAGCCCCACUGUGGGCUUGCUGCUCAGCUGCCAAACACGUCUGCUUCUCUUGGGACUGUUCCUUUGGGAGGUCUACCAUUUAAUCUCCCUGCAGACACGAUUUCGUUUCCCUCAGACAAUCUGCAUUCAGACCUGGAUGAGGACCCACUGGGGCUACCGGAUGGAGGGGGGCAGCAUUCCCCUGCUGUAGAUUUGGACAAAGUUGAAAGUUCUCUGGAAGCCAGUGAGCUACCCCUACUAAUCCAGGAUCUGCUGGAGCACGAGAAGAAGGAGCUUCAGAAGCAGCAACAACAGCAACAAUUGAGUGUCCUUCAGCAGGGAGGGAUAACAUCACACCUUCAUAGCACCCUCCCUCAACAGCAAGCUCCCCUUUCUCAGGGUACCCCACAGGUUUUGCUGGCCCAGCAGCACCACUCACUUCCACAGGAGCUUAUAAAUCAACAGUUUCAGCCAGGUGUGGUGCCCAGACCCCACUCACUCCCACCCCAGCAGCAGCCGAGGCUUUUGGGAGCAGCCGUGCCCCCGUCACCUAAUCUUCCCAUGGCUCAGCAGCCAGGAGGACAUCAGAUGAUUGUCAGUCCACAUCAGCAGCAACAGCUAGCAAAGCCACCUCUGGCUGGCACCUUCUUCCCAGACACUGAUCUGGACAAAUUUGCGCCAGAUGAUAUCAUGGAUCCUAUCGCAAAGGCAAAAAUGGUGGCACUGAAGGGCAUCAAAAGGGUUAUGGCUCAAAGUCCCAUCGGAGUGCCACCUGGCAUCAAUAGACAACAAGUGUCUCUCCUGGCUCAGAGACUGGCCAGGACCCCAGGCGCUACAGAUCCCCAAGGCAGGCUCCAGGCAGGGCCUGCAAAGGAAGGAGAAACCAGUGACAUGACUCAAACCAAACCCAACCCUCCCCAGUUCGUGCAAGGCAUUAUCAAUGAUACGGAGCAGCACAAGUAUGAGGAGUGGCUGCUUCACACUCAGCAGCUCCUGCAGAUGCAGCUGAAAUUCCUGGAGGAGCAGAUCGGCGUGCACCGCAAGUCCCGCAAGGCACUUUGCGCCAAGCAACGCACAGCCAAGAAGGCGGGCCGGGAAUUUGCUGAGGCCGACGCCGAGAAGCUUAAGCUGGUCACUGAAGAACAGAGCAAGAUACAGAAACAGCUAGAUCAGGUGCGCAAACAGCAAAAAGAGCACACGAGUCUGAUCACAGAAUACCGAAACAAACAGCAGCAACAUCAACAAAGCUCCGGUCUUCUGACACCUGGCUCUUCUGCACAAGCAACUCGGGUCCUCUCCAAGCUGCCCGGAUCAGUGGUAGGGCAGCAGGGUAUGCCACUGUCAGGCCAGCCCCCUGUGCAUGUUCCUCCUGGGGGGGUCCCGGUAGGAUUGCAGCAACCUCCGCCCUUCCUUGGAGCCACUCAACCCCCACAUCCUGUUACUAUGGCCUCAGGUCCCCAUGCAGGAUGUUUUCCUCAGAAUGCUGGAGAUCAGGGCCCAGAUGCAAGACUUAUGCAGGAUCGACAAAUGCAGCUUCAGCACAGGAUGCAGCUUGUGCAGAAAAUGCGGCAGCAAGGACUUAUGGGGCAACAAGUAAUUCCACCACAAGUCCAGCAAUCUGGCUUGACUACUCAGCCAGCAGGUGUUAUGGUAACACCGUCCCAGCAAAGGGGGAUGAAUAAUCCGAUGAUGUCUCAACAGCAUGAGCCCCAACAACAAAGCAUGAUGCAGCUCCAAGAUCAGCAGGUGCCUGUGCCAGUGCAAAGUCUGAUGGGAAGCCAAACUGGUCCACAACAACAGCAGAACGUUAUGGGAGAGCAAGUGAUGACCCAAGGCAACAAUGCUGUGGGAAAGGAGCAAAGAAUAAUUGAAAACCAACAGAUGUUGGUACAACAGCAGAGAGCCCAGGGUUUGGUGCCUCAGCAUGGGCUGGUGGGUCCUCAACAGCAUGGCCUUAAGGGACCACAUACCCAACUAACCCCACAGCAACAGAAUAUUCUAGCACAGAGAAUGCUUCUUUCCCAACAGCAAAAGAAGGCAGGAAAUGACUCGCCACAGCGACCCCAGCAACAAAAGUUGCAGCAGCACCUGCCACAGCAGCAAGGAUAUAUGAACCAGAUCAACCUUCAACAAGACCUGGGCAGACCGCUGCAAACAGCACCGACGCAGCUGGAAUCGGCUGAAAGUCAGGUCACCCUGGAAACAUCUCUCCCAGCAGGAAAUGCUCGAGAAGGUCCUCAACAGCAAGGGAUAACUGAAGGCCUGCAGCUAGGGGUACAAAAUGUUUCACAUGAUAUUCAAAACGCUAAAGACAGUGGAAUACUUAACCCAAGGACACCACAGCAGCCACAAGGGUCUGUAAUCGCUGUCCAUGUACAGCACCCUGGGUCAGCAGGAGAGGCAUCAGGAGCGGUGAUUCAGCAGCAAACACCAAACACAUACAUGGCACCACAACCACAACAACUUGCACAAUUGCAGCAGCUUUCCAGUUCCCCCUCUUCAUCAGGGAUCCCACAACAACUUAGUUAUCAAAGCAACCAAAGUGUUCUUUCACAGACUGUGCCGAGGCAAAGCAACCUGCAGGGAGAGCAAAACAGUCCUGCACAGCAGGAUGGACAACAAGUGUGUCGCGUAUCUCAGCUACAGCAGCAGGGUGCAGUUGUUGGUCAGAAGGUUGAGCCGCAGUCCCAGGAUGGGAUUGGGCAGCUACAGUGUCAGACUGGCCAACAGGCACCUGGUGUGACAACUCACCCAAAUCCGCAGCAACAACAGCAAGCCCUCCUCCUCCAACAGCAGAAGCAAGUGAUGAUGGGACAGUUGGGUAUAGUGAGGGGACAGCAAAGUCCAGGGAUGGUCCCCAGGCCAGGAAUGACUAUGGGACAUAUCCGACCACAUAUUAACCUUCAAGCAUUAAUCGCUCAGAAUCCCCAGCUCCGCCACUUGUCCCCAAGUCAAAUACAAGCUAUGAUUGCCCAGAGGCAUCAGAUGCUGAGAAUGGCCAUGUCUCCGGGGCAGGCACAAGUCCCAGGACAGCAGAGUCAAGCACAGGGAUUAGUGGCACAGCGACCACAAGGAUUAGUAGCACAGAGACCACAAGGAUUGGUAACACAACAGCAGCUCCCCCAAGGAGCAGUGGGGCAACAAGCUGUGGGUGUGUCCCCACAAACCAUGAUGAUGCAGUCCUCAGUAGGGAUACCUCUGCAGCAAGGUGUUAGAGGUCCUUCCCAACAGCAACAACAGUUGCAACAGCCUGGUAUGAUGGUACAGCCACCAAUGCAACUUUCCCAACAGCUACAGCAAAGACCUCCGACCCAAUAUAGUCUUUUGCCUCAGCAUCAGCAGAGAAUGCAGCAGCAGCAGCAAUUGGCUGGAGGACAGAUCACAAUGGCUUUGGAGACACUGAGAGAGGGUCACCAAAACUCCCCAGGAAUUAAGCUUCCUCAGCAGCAUAAUGUACAGACACAGCAGCAACAGUUGCAGCAACACUUCUUCCCGCACCCUACAGGUGUACAUCAGUCAUCACCGACACAAGCAUUGCAAUCUCAACAAGCAUCUCAUCAACAAACAUUUCAACCACGAUUGCCAGGAGCUUCUAGCCCAUUUCAGGCACCUCAAACGCCAGUUGGCUCAGAAGGCUCCCCAGCACGCUUGAUAUGUCCUGGCCCCUCAGCAGUAGGCACUACUUCAAGUCCAGCUUCAACCACCAGUCAGGAACAAGGCACACUAUCCUCUUAUGGCCAAACGGUCUCUGCCACUGCAGUUGAGAAUUUUGCUAGAAAAAGCAGUCCAUUCAAUCAAGUAGACACCAGUAGAUCUGUCUCAGGUGAGGUGAAUGGGGCUCCAGGGCAGCCAGGGCUAAAGUGUGAACAUCUGUCUUCAGAAAAACUACCCAAUGAGGUACAAAGUACCACAUUGCUAGUGGGCAGGCCACCUCCUCAAAUUGAAAGGAAUAUGCAGCAGCCCCCUUGUGUAGAGAAUCAAACAUCUCAUCACGGGGAAGAAUCUCUAAACAAAAUGUUUCUUCAGAACAUUAAACAGGAGCCGAGGGAGGUAAAUUGUGAUCCAGAGGCAGGGAAUGAGGCCUGUAGUAGGGUUGUAAAGAAGGAGAGCAGUCAUGGGCAGGUGGGUCCUUGCCCUGUUGGCAGUGUCACUGGUUCAGUUUAUUCCAACACCACAAGCCAGGAAAACACAGCUGGGGCUCCUGGCUUUCAAGCUCAGCAGCCUGGGACAGGACAGCAUCUUCUACAGAAACUGUUGCACACUAAAAACCUGCAGCUGGCAGCCCAGCAGCCCUCCGACAACAUCCACAGUGAGAUUAAUGGCCACAUCAACAGCAAAUUGGCGAUGUUGGAGCAGAAGCUGCAGGGAACGCCAUGCAACAUGGAGGACUCGCAGUCUGUCAACAAGAAGCCUCAGGCAACCAAGGUGAAACGCACAUCUAAGGCUGUGCCCAGUGCCCGAAAGAAGACCAAAAAGGAUGAAGUAGGAAAAAGCACAGAGGCUUUGAUGAAGCAACUGAAGCAGGAGCUGUCUCUCCUUCCUCUAAUGGAGCCCUCCAUCACUGCCAACCUUGAGUUGUUCACGCCUUUUGGCAGCAGCACAGGCAACGAUGAAACAAAGCUGAAGGGUUCUUUCGGCAAUGCAGUACUGGACAAUAUCCCUGACUACUACUCUCAGCUGCUCACUCAGAGUCAUCUUAGCAAUCCACCAACACCACCCUCCUCUCUACCGCCCACUCCCCCGCCGUCGGUGCAGCACAAAUUACUGAAUGGGGUGACCACCGUGGAGGAGCUGUCUGAUGAACAGAAGGAAGCUGACCCUCCUGAAGAGUCCAAGGACACAGAGGGAGAGGGUGUGGAAGUGAAGAAUGUUGAUUUGCUCGCUGCUCUUCCCACACCUCCACACAAUCAAAACGAGGAUAUCAGGAUGGAGAGCGAUGAGGACAGUGAUGCUCCAGACAGCAUCGUUCCCGCUUCCUCUCCAGAAAGCAUUCUGGGGGAAGAAGUCCCUCGCUUUCCUCUGAUGGAGGAGACAAAGCUGAGCGGAAGCGAAAGGGCUAUAUCGCCUGUCAUUCCCAUCAUCCCAUGCUCUGCUAUCCCUGUUUUCCCUGAGACUAGGGCUUUCGAAUCCGUGAGCUCGCAUUCUGAGCAUACUGGCAGAAUGGGACCAGGUUCGAGCCAAUGGGAUAAAUCUAAGAGCGACGAGGUGUCUGUCACGCUCAUGCUGUCUGCUGCUGCCGCUAAGAAUCUGAACGCAGUGAUGGUGGCCAUGGCUCAGCUUCUACACAUGCAGACCCCAGGGUCCUAUGAGGUGGCCUUUCCGCCGAGCCCAGGCACAGGGCCUGAAGCGGGCAAACCUCUGGACACACUUGCUCCGGGUCCUUCAGACCCAGACAGCUCUAGACAAGGAAAGCCAGAGUGGGUAAAGUUUGAUGCCUCCUUACCUAGCUGCACUCUUAAGAAGCAGGUGGAUAUCUUGUCUAUUGUCAAACAGGAGUGCCUGGAGACAGAGGACAAAACGGUUCAGCACUGUUACAUCACCAAUGUGUCUGACCUGGAUGUACACCAUCUUCCUAUAUACCCAGUGGACACUUCUUCGCCCCAGUCACCCGCCCCACUAGUCCCUCUGCAUCCAUCCUGUCCGCCUCCUGCUCAAAGCUCAUCUUCUCCACCUUCCAGUCCAGGCAAACCUCCAGUCAAAUCUGAACUUGAGCAGGACUCUGCCGUGCUCCCUAUGGCUGCCACACCGGCGGACCCCAUGGCUUCGGCUGAAGAUGCUGCCGCCCUGCUGGAUUGCUCCCCCAAGGCCAGCAAGCAUCGCAGCCGGUCGCCCUCUGAAGACGAGGAUCUACGGCCAAAGAUGAAGAAGUGGAAGGGGCUGCGCUGGAAGCGCCUGCAGCUGGUCAUCACCAUCCGCAAAGGCAGCUCGCGGAAGGAGAGCAGCAGGGAGGUGUCGGAGCUCAUGGAGCGGCUGCGCAUCACCCUGCGGCCCGACAGAAUGCCCCGCGACCUGCGCAAAUGCUGCUUCUGCCACGAGGAGGGCGACGGCCCCACCGACGGCCCGGCACGCCUGCUCAACAUUGACGUGGACCUAUGGGUGCAUCUGAAUUGCGCGCUAUGGUCCACAGAAGUGUACGAGACGCAGGGCGGCGCGCUCAUCAACGUGGAGGUGGCUCUGCGCCGGGGGCUGCGCACGCGCUGCGCCUGCUGCCAGAAGACAGGCGCCACCAACAGCUGCAACCGGCUGCGCUGCCCAAACGUGUACCACUUUGCCUGCGCCAUCCGCGCGCGCUGCAUGUUCUUCAAAGACAAGACUAUGUUGUGCACGCAGCACAAGCUCAAGGGCCCCAGUGAAGAGGAGCUCAGCAACUUUGCCGUCUUCCGGCGGGUCUACAUUGAGCGCGACGAGGUCAAGCAGAUCGCCAGCAUUCUGCAGCGUGGCGACCGUGUCCACAUGUUUCGUGUCGGCGGUCUCAUCUUCCACGCCGUGGGCCAGCUCCUGCCCUCCCAGAUGGCUGCCUUCCACUCGCCCACCGCCAUCUUCCCUGUGGGCUACGAGGCCACGCGUAUCUACUGGAGCACCCGGGUGCCCAACCGCCGCUGCCGCUACCGCUGUCGCAUCAGUGAGGUGGACGGCCGGCCGCUCUUCGAGGUGCGUGUGCUGGAGCAGGGGCAGGAGGACCUGCUUCUCCAGGAUUCCACCCCUGAUGGGAUUUGGGCCCGAAUUGUAGAGCAGGUUGCCAACCUUCGCAAGGAGUCCGCCAUGCUGAAGCUCUUCACAGAGCAUGUGAAGGGCGAGGAAAUGUACGGCCUGACCGUGCACGCAGUCCUGCGGAUCACCGAGUCUCUGCCUGGUGUCGAGAACUGCCAGAACUACGUCUUCCGUUAUGGCCGGCAUCCACUCAUGGAGCUGCCUCUCAUGAUCAACCCCACUGGCUGUGCCCGGUCUGAGCCCAAGAUCCUCACCCACUACAAGAGGCCCCAUACCCUGAACAGCACCAGCAUGUCCAAGGCUUACCAGAGCACCUUCACCGGUGAGAUCAACACACCCUACAGCAAGCAGUUUGUCCACUCCAAGUCCUCGCAGUACCGCCGCCUGAAGACCGAAUGGAAGAACAACGUGUACCUGGCCCGCUCUCGCAUCCAGGGGCUCGGCCUGUACGCCGCCAAAGACCUGGAGAAGCACACCAUGGUCAUCGAGUACAUCGGCACCAUCAUCCGCAACGAGGUGGCCAACCGGCGAGAGAAGAUCUAUGAGGAGCAGAACCGAGGAAUCUACAUGUUUCGCAUCAACAAUGAGCACGUGAUCGAUGCCACCCUAACUGGCGGCCCGGCCCGAUAUGUCAACCACUCUUGUGCCCCCAAUUGUGUGGCGGAGGUUGUUACUUUUGACAAAGAGGACAAGAUCAUCAUCAUAUCUAGUCGGAGGAUUCCUAAGGGAGAGGAGCUGACUUAUGACUAUCAGUUCGACUUUGAAGAUGAUCAGCACAAGAUCCCCUGCCAUUGUGGAGCUUGGAACUGCCGUAAGUGGAUGAACUGACCAGAGAGAAGAAUGGGGUGACAGAAUGAAUGGAGUAACGCCUCUAUGACUAAGCUUGCUGAAAUUCGACAUCCCACCCAGAGCUGCUUCCAGUGAAGGCGCCUGCGCUUUUUAUACAUUCUGGCAGUUGCCUCAUGGUUUCCUGUCAUCGCCGUUCACGCUCUGGGAGCCAAAAUGAUGAAGGAAUAGAACUGGAUCUGACAUCACUAACCAGCCGCUGCAGCCCCCACCCAACCCUGCUGCCUGGAGAACUAAUAACAAACUAUGAAAUACGAGUCUUAAAGGAUCUUCGUGAUGCGUUCCAGUUAAUGCCACAGUGAUGUCGGAUUUUACUUUCAUGCCUUUUGCUGACUUUUUUAUCCCUCAAAUGCUUUUCAUCGACUCCAAAAGGGAUGUGCUGCUGCCCAGUUAUGUACAGUGAUGACCACUGAAGAGAGAGUAGCAUGUGUUUCCCCUGUUUUAGUGUAUAUUUUCUUCCUUAUUCCCCCAAAUCAUGGUCUCUUCCUGUGCACCAGUGAUGAUGAAAGAUUGUGGAUAUUGGCUGGACAAUCUAAAAAUCAAUUCGAAGUGUAACAGACCAGAGGCAGUGUGACACAGACGCAGCCACCUGCUCCCUGAAAGCAGACGGUUUGGAUGCAUUCAGGGUGGUAAUUCUGACCCAGUCUACCUCAUUUGAGUCAAUUAGGACCUGUAGGCUUUGAAAGCUGCAAAGGACUGCUUUGGGGGGGGGGGGGGGUUAGAGGCAGAGGUGGAGACAUUAAUGGUUAAUACUCUUUAAAAAAAAGCUGGGACAUUUAAGCUGGUUAGCUGUAUAAUUUUUAUAAAUAUAUGAAAUAACAUGGAAGUGGUCAAAAUAACCCUGAUGGUGACCAUGCCCAGUCUGGGGAGACCUGUGCAUUUGAGAAACUGCAUCAGUCAGACACCAGUCCUGAAUGGUGAACUCCCACUGUUGUAUCCGAGUCUCCAUUUGAAGUAAAACACAAGACAUUGGAUUUUCUGUAUAUACAUAUACAUGAUGCACAACAAAAUCCCAAAAGGUUAUGGAGGUGUUUGUCUGAUGCUCAAGACAAAGGGAACUUCACAACGUUCCUAUUGCCAAUAGACCAUAAGAAAAGCUGACAGUGAGCCUAUUGUGAUGUGAGCUUCUCCCAGGAGACCCGCUGUAUGUUACUGAUUACUGUAGUGAGGCCUCCUUAACUUACAGCUGGUGUACUGACCUUUGCACCCCACAGCCAAAUCCUCAGCCAAUCAUGGAAAGGUGAUGGCUUUUCAUUUUAAGGGCCUUUGGGGAAAAAUUCUUAAAGGGCAUUUAGUUUUCGGCUUUUUCGUGUGUGAGAGUGGGACUCUCCAAAUGCACACAUCUCGCCCCCUGAUGUAAGCUGCAAGUGUACAAACUGUAUAUAAACAAGGGGAACAAAAGUUUCACCCCUUUUUAAACAAUUAAAGUGAGAGAAAUCAUCCACUGGAUAUUGUUUUAAUACAAGUAUUAAAUAUAUAUAUGAAUAUACACACAUAUAAAUAGAACAGUCAAGAGACUAUAUGUAUAUGAUUUUUUUUUUCCUUUUGCAUUUAAGUUUUUUUCUAUUAGCAUUUUUGCUACGAGCUUGUAUACUCCAGCAGUAAAUUUUAGCUAAACACAGAAAGACUGUUUUGCCAAUGACUUUGGCUAGAAGCAGGGCUGGAUCACGUGGAACAGAUCUUAUGAGAGAAUCUCCAAUUGGAGAGGCCGUCUGCCUGUUUUUAUUUCAAUAAAGGAAAAAAAAAAAGAUUGCAGGUAAUGGUGCAAUGAUGUGUGAUGCGGUUGUGUAGGUUUGUUUUUCCCUUCCUACUUGUACUGUUGUAUAUGCUACUGGUUGUGAAUAUGUACCAAAACGAGUCCCUGGGUUGUUCAGAGACUUCCCUGUUAUGUGCACUCCUCAGAAGAGAAGAAACUUUGAAGGUCUUUUACUACCCUAGUGUCGUCAUAACUAUGCUUAUUAAUACUGGUAACUUUUUCUAGCCUAUGGAAGUACAGUGUUGGAUUAGUUUGUGUGGAAUUACUAUAUAUUCAGCCCGUUUUUAUAUUGUGUGAUUUGACUUCAGCUAUGAUUUUGCGAGGAAUCAUGUUCUCAGUCAGUCAUGUAUUUAAUUACAGCCCUGAUAGUAACGUGUACACGCACUGUUUUUGACCAACAAACCUUUCGGGGGGGGUUGGUCUUUUCUUUUCUUUUCCUCCUAGGUGACUGACAAAACGUGUUGAAUCUAUAUAUACAUAAAUUAUUUUUGACUAUCCUGUUCUUCACAUAGCUUUUAACUUAAAGAUUGCCUAUGUUCUUGAAGAUUUUGAAAGCAUUACCUUCUUUUUAAAGAUGUUUAAUCUGUACAGCAGAGUUACUUUUAGGAAAAAUGCUAAAUAAAUGAUCAUUUUGAUUCUAUGUGGCAUGUUUUGUAUAAUUUUGAAUUGUACAUAUUUUUGACAAUAUGCCCUUUUUAUUCCACUUUUUCCUCUCCCUCUCAAUUUACAUCUGUCUCCACUUCUGUAAAGAAAUAAAGAUGCAUUUUAAAUAUAA